GUACAGCUAAUCUGCAGUGCAGUCUGGGAGCUGUCAAUCGUUUCGCUUUUGUAUCUUUGGCACUGGACGCUACUGAUGCGCUCAUCACUGUUUAUUUACACAGUGCGGGACAAUACUAAGAGGAAAUAAGAAUAUGUAGAAAAUAACAAGCCAUUGUCAGCCUCCAGAGCCUUCUUGUCAAAGGACCUGACUUACAUGAACGGGUGACAUCGGAGCCACACCGGGCCCUGCAUCUCUAUCAUUUAAACAACCUGCUACAAACCAUAGCUAGCCUGAUAGUCAUAUUAUUGACGUUGUCAGUUGUUUUUUACUCGGAGAACCGGGCUCAUGGUUGAAUGACAUUUGCUGGCCUUUAUCCCAUAACGUGCAGGUGUGAUGUAUCUAUGUGGGCCUGGAGUUGUACAUUAGCGUAAUAACCACCCAGGAGGAUGAAUGCAGAGGAAGUGGAGCUGCUCAGUGACUCCAAGUACAGGAACUAUGUGGCCGCAGUGGACAAAGCCCUCAAGAACUUUGAGUACUCCAGCGAGUGGGCCGACCUCAUCUCUGCACUGGGCAAACUCAACAAGGUUUUGCAGAACAAUGCAAAAUACCAAGUGGUUCCCAAGAAGCUGACAAUAGGCAAGCGGCUGGCCCAAUGCCUCCACCCCGCCCUGCCCAGCGGGGUCCACCGCAAGGCUCUGGAGACAUACGAGAUCAUAUUCAAGAUCAUCGGACCCAAGAGGCUGGCCAAAGACCUCUUUCUCUACAGCUCGGGGCUCUUCCCGCUCCUCUCCAACGCUGCGAUGUCUGUGAAGCCAGUGCUGCUGGGGCUCUAUGAGACCUACUACCUGCCCCUGGGGAAGACUCUGAAACCGGGCCUACAGGGACUCCUCACCGGGGUCCUGCCGGGUCUGGAGGAGGGCUCAGAGUAUUAUGACAGAACCAACACCCUGUUGGAGAAGGUGGCUGCAGCGGUGGAGCAGUCGGCCUUCUACAGUGCCUUGUGGGGCAGCAUCCUGACCAGCCCCGCAGUGCGUCUCCCCGGGGUGUCCUUCGUUCUGCUGCACCUCAACCGCAAGCUCUCCAUGGAGGACCAGCUCUACGUCAUUGGCAGUGACAUCGAGCUCAUGGUGGAGGCGGUCAGUACCUCAGUCCAGGACUCCAGUGUGUUGGUGCAGAGGAGCACCCUGGACCUGAUCCUCUUCUGCUUCCCCUUCCACAUGAGCCAGGCGACUCGCCCUGACAUGAUCCGGAUCCUGUCUGCAGCUUUGCAUGUGGUUUUAAGAAGAGACAUGUCCCUCAACCGCAGACUCUACGCCUGGCUGCUGGGCUUCGACAACAACGGGGUGAGAACAGGCCCCCGCAGCACUCGUCAGAGCAACCCAGAGGAGCAUGCCAGCCAAUACUUCAACACCUUCUCUAAAGACAUGUUGGUCCAGGCGAUGGUGGGGAUCCUGCAGGGCAAGGCCAGGGGCGGGGAGGAAGAGAGCAUCCUCAUGCACGACCUCAAGCCAUUCCGCAUCCUCAUCAGUCUGCUGGACAAACCCGAACUUGGUCCAGCAAUCCUAGAGGAUGUUCUGAUCGAGGUGUUUCGGACUCUGCACACACAGUGCCGGACAGAGUUGGACCUCCAGAGCCAGAGUUCAUUCAGUAAAGACCAAACACACCUCAGCAGUAAACUACGGGAGAACAAGAAGACAGCAGAACUGAUAAAAACAGCCAACCUGCUGUUCAAUUCGUUUGAGCCGUACUACAUGUGGGACUACAUCGCUCGCUGGUUCGAGGAAUGCUGCAGGAGGACAUUGAACAGCACCACAAAUGCACCGCGGCAUGCUGGGAGCUUAUAUCCUGCAGAGCUCUCAUUGGUGGAAUUCUGUCAGCUGGUCGAUUUCCUGCUGGACAUUGUUUCCUUGCCUACUAGAAGCAUGAGGGUAAUCUGCCAGGAGACCUACAUCGAGAUCCAGACGGAGCACCUUCCUCAGCUGCUGCUGCGCAUGGUGGCCGCACUGACCGCUCACCUGCAGACUCUCGGCCUCGGAGAGCUCACCCACUGCCUUCGCCUCUGCUCCAAGAUCCUCAGCAAGGUGCAGCCCCCGCUGGUGUCCCCUCUGGCCCUGCCAUUGGGCCCCCAGGCUCAGGGCCGCUCCAACUCCAACGGAAAUCGAACCGACUCGAAGGAGAAGAGCAGGGACAAGGAGGACAAACGGGCUCUACCUGCUACUCUGGAGCAACCCGGCAGCGGGGGGGUGUUUGAGGAGGGGCAACACGCUCCCAGCAGUCGCUCCUCAGAAAGUGGCUUCACAGACUUCGUACAGUAUCAGGGAGACGGGCCCGAAGACACAGAAGGAACCCCUAAUCCCCAACCAGCACUCAGAACGGGCCGUCGCUCCUCAGGCCCGUCUCAGACCAAACCUCUGGACAAACCAGUCAUGCAGUGCUGCCUGGAGCACUUCCAGCAGUUCCUGUCCCGACUCAUCACCUUGUACAUCACCCCUGGUCAGGGGGACAGGGCUGAGGGUAGCGAGGCUGUGCAGUUGGGGCCCCUGGUUUCAAAUGUCUCCCAGCAGGGUGAUCGUGUAGAGUCCUGCCCAGAAGCAGCGUUGGCCCAGAGGGAGCGUGUCGCUGCCUUCACUGCUGCCUGCCAGCUCUUUCUAGAGUGCUCCAGUUUCCCUGUCUACAUCGCAGAGGGCAACCUCAAGUCUUCACCCACACAGGAAAAGCAGAUUGAAAGCGAGCAGGUGCGUCUGCCUGACUGGCUACAGACUCUGAUGGAUGCCUGCUGCCUGGCCGGGGACUUCAGCCUGCAGGGCGUGGCAAUCUCCCUGCUCAUGGACCUCGUCGGGCUCACCCAGUCGGUAGCCAUGGUGACUGCAGAGAGUGUGGCGUCUGGCGGCAGCUCUGAGGCCGCCCAGCCCAUGAGCCCCAGCCAGGGUCGAGUGGCGGUGGUCAUCAGGCCUCCACUCACUCAGGGAAUCUUGAAAUACAUCGCUGAUAAAACAGUCUUCUUCAAGAAUGUGGCUCUGAUCCUAUGGGACCAGCUGAGUGAAGAAACACCUCAGCACCACCAACGCAGCGUGGAGCUCUUCUACCAGCUGCACAACCUGGUGCCUUCCUCCAGCAUCUGUGAGGAUGUCAUCAGCCAGAAGCUCAUGCACAGAGACAAGAGAAUACGCCUGGAGUCCCACGUGAAGUUCUCCGUGCUGUGGCAUCUGACACGAGACUUGAACAUCAUCAAAUCCUCUCCUUUUAAUCGCACAUUCGACAGAUCUCUCUUCAUCAUGCUCGACAGUCUCAGUUACUGGGAUCCGUGCACCAGCGCUGUCGGUCGUGCUUGGCUGAAUCAGGUGCUUCAGAGACAUGACAUCGCUCGGGUUUUAGAGCCCCUCCUCCUCGUCCUGCUUCACCCCAAGACCCACCGUGUAUCGAUCCAGAGGGUACAGUCCCAGCGCCACUGGGCCCAGGUUUACCCUGAAGCACAGGAACAGGGCCCAUCUGAACCCCUUUACACCAGGGACUCUGGCUUUGCAGACAACUUCGCUCAGAUCCAAGGGGACAGGCUGGCCCCGGAUGAUUACCGAGGCCUUGUGAUGGGGGACAUGGAGCCGUUCUGCCUGACCGUUAACCCCCUGAGUGACAGCCUCUCCUUACUGAGUCUGAGCAGUGAGAACCUGCAUCUAGCUGGGGAAUAUCAGCGUGCCAACCAGCAGGGGGAGCUCCAGAGCUCAGAGUCCAGUGCUUCUCAUUCAUCCGCUGGGGAAAAUGGCAGCUUUGAGGAACCAGAUGUUGUCAGCAGCACAAUCCCGCAGUCUUUGGACGACAUUUCUGAAGAGACUAUAGAGGAAGCUGUGUCCUCCGUUAUCAAAGAACUGAUAGACAGGGUUUUGAGUUUAAUAGAUGAGGGGUCUUUUGAACUUUCGUCUCAGCCUGAAAACUGGCCUCAGACAGACACUGACAGCACUUCCUCAGAAAACUCCGCUGGUCCCCGCCUUGAUUCCGGCCUCCCACCAGGCUCCAACCACCAGACUCUGCCUGAGAUGCUGGCUGGAGGCACGUUGGAGUUCCUCUCUGUUUCACAGGUGGAUGUCUCUGCGGAGGAGGAGCACAGAGAGGGCAUCACACGUCACAGUUCCUCACCUUCCAUCGUCACGUUGCCAGACAACUCCAAUCCCCCCACCCCAGAACACCGCCUGCGGGUCGAGGACCUUCAAGCCCGCAAACGUAGCCACAGCAGCACCCAGCUCAGCCUGAAAGGGAAGAUCAUGGAGAGGCUGUCGGACAAGUCUCCAGGGGCCAAGCCCAAGAUGAAGAAGGCCAAGAGGAAGGAGGAGGAGAGGCAGAGGAAGCUGGCGAGUCAAGCUGAGAAGCUGCGGCCGCCCAGCAUCUUCUUCGGGGACAGCCUGGAUCUGGAGAACUGGUACAGCUGUGGGGAGGGGGAGGUGUCGGAGAUCGAGAGUGACACCGGCUCGCCCAGCGGGGGCUCUGUAGGCACUGUCGGGGGGGUCAGUGUCACAGGACGCAGAUCAUCCUCCGUCCCGCCUCGUUUCAACAUCCAUCCUCUGUAUCAGCACGUGCUGCUCUAUCUCCAGCCGUACGACUCCUCCCGCGCGCUCCAUGCCCUGUCAGCGGUUGCAGCCAUGCUGAGGGCCGCUCCCUCAGGGUUUGUGAGCGCCAUCUCCACCACCAGCAUCAACAACACUUACACUCCGCAGCUGUCUCUGCUCCAGAACCUCCUCGCCCGUCACAGGGUCUCCGUCAUGGGCAAAGACUUCUACUGCCCGAUCCCCCAGGACUCCCACUCCCACUCGUUCCGCAGCGCGAUGUACCUGGAGAUCAUCAUCUCACUCUGCCUCUACUUCCUCAGAAGCUACUACUCCGCCCACCUGACUGCAGGCCCCGAGGACUUGGCGGGAAACCGGGCCAUGCAGCUGACCAGCGUCGAGGUUCUUACACUCCUUUUCAGCGAGCUCUCCAAAGUCACAGGCGGCUCGGCGAAGGGCUUCGCCAGCUUCAUCAGCGACGUGCUCUCCAAGUGCAAAGUUCAGAAAGUGGUCCUCCACUGCCUCCUCUCUUCCAUAUUCAGUGCCCAGAAGUGGCACGAUCAGCGGGUGCAGGGGGUGAACGUGGCCACGGUGGAGGAGGGUCUGUCAGAGGACAGUGUCAUCAACCUAUCAGAGGACCAGAUCGACAGCUGCAGCGCCGUGCAGUCCCAGCUGCUGCGGCUGCUGCAGAGCCUGGUGGUGCUGGAGCACCGGGUGCUGGUGCCAGCCGAGGAGGGAGGGGAACCUGUGCCUGGGGGAGGGACAGGAGUCGGGGGAGCUGGGGUAGGUUGUGGUGCUGGGUUUGAGAUGCUGGGAGGGGAAGUGGAGCACCUCAACCCUCAGCAGCCGAUGACAUCACUGCAAUACCUCCACGGACAGCCUAUCACAGCACAGGGAAUGUUCCUGUGCGCAGUGAUCCGGGCGCUGCAUCAGCACCACGCUUGUAAGAUGCACCCCCAGUGGAUCGGGCUCAUCACAGCCACCCUGCCAUACAUGGGGAGGGUGCUGAGGAGGGUGGUGGCCUCCGUCACUCUGCAGCUGUGCAGGAACCUGGACAAUCUCCUGCAGCAGUACCGCUAUGAGACCGGGAUAACUGACAUCAGACCCCAGUGGAUGGCUCUCUGCAUCCCUCCUGACCUGAUCCUCACAGUGCUGGAGGGGGUGACUGCCAUCAUCCAUUACUGCCUGCUGGACCCCACUUCCCAGUACCACCAGCUACAAGUGAGUGUUGACCAGAAGCACCUGGCUGAGGCUCGCUCAGGCAUCCUGUCCAUCCUCCACACCAUCAUGUCUUCCGUCACCCUGCUGUGGAGCAUCCUCCACCAGGCUGACAACUCGGACAAGCCAGCUGCUGCCUCCGCCGCCUCCACGUCCAACAUCAACCUGGGCUCCACUAAGAACCUCCGGCAGCAAAUCCUGGAGCUGCUGGGUCCCAUCUCCAUGAACCACGGUGCUCACUUCAUGGCAGCAAUUGCCUACGUUUGGAAUGAGAGGAGACAGGUCAAAACUCCUGUCAGAAAUAAGGUGAUCCCUUCAGCCAGCGAGGAGCAGCUGCUGCUGGUGGAGCUGGUCCGCUCAGUGAGUGCCAUGCGCACUGAGACCGUGAUGCAGACGGUCAAAGAGGUCCUGAAGCAGCCGCCUGCCAUCGCCAAGGACAAGAAGCACCUCUCUUUGGAGGUCUGCAUGCUGCAGUUCUUCUAUGCCUACGUCCAGAGGAUCCCUGUGUCCAGUUUAGUUGACAGCUGGCCCUCCCUGCUGGCGCUGCUGAAGGACUCCGUUCCAUUAGGACUUCCUGCCCCAGGACAGUUUCUCAUACUCGGAGUUCUGAAUGAAUUCAUUUUGAAGAAUCCCAACCUGGAGAGCAAGAAGGACCAACGGGAGCUUCAGGAUGUGACCCAUAAGGUGGUCGAGGCCAUCGGAACCAUUGCAGGCUCCUCUCUGGAGCAGACCACGUGGCUGAGGAGGAACCUGGAGGUGAAAGCCUCUCCUCAGAUAGUGGUGGAUGGAACCAACCUGGAAGCUGAUGUAGAAGAUUUAAUGCUCACAGUGAUGGAGGCCUCCAGCUUCACUCCAUCAGUGUACAGCGUUCACGCCCUGACGCUGCUCGCCGAGGUACUGGCUCAUCUGUUGGACAUGGUGUUCUACAGCGACGAGAAGGAGAGGGUGAUCCCACUGCUGGUUAAUAUCAUGCACUAUGUCGUGCCCUACCUCCGCAACCACAGUGCUCACAACGCCCCCAGCUACCGGGCCUGCAUCCAACUGCUGAGCAGCCUCAGCGGGUACCAGUACACCCGGCGCGCCUGGAAGAAGGAGGCCUUCGACCUCUUCAUGGACCACACCUUCUUCCAGAUGGACUCCUCCUGCGUCAGCCACUGGAGAGCCAUCAUUGACCACCUGAUGACUCAUGACAAGACCACAUUCAGAGACCUCAUGACCCGUGUUGCUGUGGCCCAGAGCAGCUCUCUGAGUCUGUUCACCAACAGAGACGCUGAGCUGGAGCAGAGAGCCAUGCUGCUCAAACGCCUGGCCUUCACCAUCUACAGCAGCGAAGUGGACCAGUACCAGAAAUACCUGCCGGACAUACAAGAGCGUCUGGUGGAGAGCCUGCGUCUGCCUCAGGUGCCCAUCCUCCAUGCUCAGGUGUUCCUGUUCUUCAGAGUGCUGCUGCUGCGCAUGUCCCCUCAACACCUCACCUCACUGUGGCCCACCAUGAUCACUGAGCUGGUUCAGGUGUUUCUUCUGAUGGAGCAGGAGCUCACAGCGGAUGAAGACAUAUCAAGGACGUCAGGGCCUUCCGUGGCCGGGCUGGAGACAACCUAUUCUGGCGGGAACGGCUUCUCCACCUCCUACAACAGCCAGCGCUGGCUCAACCUCUACCUGUCUGCCUGCAAGCUCCUGGACCUGGCUCUGGCCCUGCCUCCUGAGAGCCUGCCUCAGUUCCAGAUGUACCGCUGGGCCUUCAUCCCAGAAGCUUCGGAUGAUUCAGGGUUGGAAGUGAGACGUCAAGGGACCCACCAGAGAGAGUUUAAACCCUACGUGGUCCGACUGGCCAAGCUGCUGAGGAAACGAGCCAAGAAAAACCCAGAAGAGGACUGCUCCACCAGAACGCUCUCCUGGGAGCCGGGCCACCUGACGCUGACCCUGUACGUGAUACGCAGCAUGGAGCAGCUGCUACCCUUCUUCAACCUGCUCAGCCAGGUGUUCAACAGCAAGGCAAGCAGCCGCACAGGCCCUGCCUACACCCGCAACCCCACAGACGCCUCCUUCCCCGGACACAAGGAGGGGCCCAAACUGGAGAGCCAGAAAGUGUUUUGGAGUCGAGCUCGACAGAACAUCGAGGAGAUGGUGGAGAAAGACUUUCUCGAGGGUCUUAUCAAGACGUGAGAACACAGCGAGGGGAGGAAAAGGGCAUUAACACACAACUGAUCAACACUAGUGAUAAACCUCAACUUGUACAUUCAAAAAACAAGGGAAUACAUAUGAGGGAAAAAUAGUUUGUACAUUUUCUUUUGUAUUUAUAAUGAUUAUUUUACUUUUCAAAUGCUAUUGUAUUUAAUUUUAAUUAUUUGUAAAUAAGAAGCAGCUUUGAUGACUGAAUUUUAACAUGUCAUGUGAGUCCUUUUGGACUAAGUGAAGAUGCCGUGCCAUUCCAUAUCGAUGUGACUUAAUAAAGAUUUCUAACAGGA